AUGUCCAAAUUACCAAUCACAAAAUCAUCUGAAGAAUGGAAAGCUAUUUUAUCUCCAGAGCAAUAUCAAAUCUUAAGAUUAAAAGGUACAGAAAGACCAGGUACAGGUGAAUACCUUAAAAACAAAUUAAAUGGGAUAUAUAACUGUGCAGGUUGUGAAAACCCAUUAUAUAAAUCUUCAACAAAAUUUGAUGCUCAUUGUGGUUGGCCUGCUUUUUAUGAAGCUUUACCUGGUGCUUUAAAUUAUCAUACUGAUGAAAGUUUUGGUAUGACAAGAACUGAAAUGACUUGUGCUAAAUGUGGUGGUCAUAUUGGUCAUGUUUUCAAAGGGGAAGGUUAUGAUACUCCUACUGACUCUAGACAUUGUGCUAAUUCUAUAUCGUUGAAGUUUCAAGAAGAAAAAUGA